AGCCACCUCCGACGGUUCGACCUCACGCGGACACGGUUCUCGAGGAAGACACUCCGUCUCUUCGUUUCCUACUGUCCCAGAUCAUUUAAUCGGGGACGCUAUGACGGAUGCAGAAUUCAACCAGAUUUAUUCUGGUAGAGGAGACGCGAAUUUCCCCACUCUUGAUAGUCUAUUCGAGGGUGUUGAUGAAGCAGGACUGGAUAAUCUUGACGGGGACGAUGAGCCUACACCGCAAAGCAACGACGUCGACGUGGAGGCAAGUGAGCCCGAGACCUCUCGAGGUCCGGACAAAGGGACUACAAGCUCUGGGCGGAGUUUUGACAAAUAUUAAAGAAGGAAUUAAAAAAAUUUGGGGGGCUCGUCUUAUUUCGAGAUCCUGGAAGAUGUUCUGUAUUAUUUGUGAUCCACGAUUUAAGAUUGAAAAUUUUAAAAUUCUAAUUGAGUAUUACUACAGUUGUUUUUUAGAUAAAAAUAGUUAUUACUACAGCUAUUUAGUAGAAUGGAAAAAUGAAAGAGAUAAUGCUAU